AUAAGUUCAGUAAUAAAUUCGCGAUCGUUCAUGCAACAUGCCGAGAUUGCUGAUUUGCCUGAUCGUUUUUACAUGCCUUGGUGUUGGCACCUGGGCACAGGGUGGGGUGAAAGGUGGGCAUCGGCCACGUUACCCUACGAGCGGGAGUCAUGGCACCAAUUCCUCGCAGGCUGGCCUUUGCUAUAAAACGGUGCCAUACAGCCAUAUUUCAAACUCCAGCGGAUCGCCUUAUAAUACCAUCCCUCAGCCGCCCGGAGGUCACCCCCAUAACGAUGGCUGGAUCACCAUCCUGGACUGUUGUGACGGCUACGAGCGCAAUGUGACUAGCGGCCUGUGCGAGCCGCAAUGUGAUCGCGGCUGUUUCGGUGGUCGUUGCACGGGUCCGAAUAUUUGUAGCUGUCCAUCAGGAUGGCAUCCUCAGGAUGGUGUCUGCAUGCCCGUCUGCUCGUACCCGUGCCAAGAGAACGCCUACUGUUUCACCCCCGAGGUUUGCACGUGCAAACUGGGCUACGACGAGAUCAACGGUCAAUGCAAGCCAAUCUGUCCCAACGGGUGCGGCAGGCACGGCGAAUGCGUGGCACCGCGCAUCUGCAGUUGCAGACAGGGAUACGUCCUGAACGAGCGCAGGGAGUGCGUGGCCGCGUGCGAGGGCGGCUGCGUGCACGGCGUGUGCAGCGGGCCGGGCGUGUGCACCUGUAACGAGGGGUACACCAACCCGCCUAACGACCGCGAGUCCUGCGUUCCCCAUUGUCCGAGCGGUUGCCUCGGUGGUGAAUGUGUCGCACCGAACGUUUGCAGAUGCAGGUCCGGCUUUACGCUUAAUCAGACCGGCACUUGCAUACCGGACUGUCCGGGCGGUUGCGACGGGGGCGAGUGCAUCUCACCCGGCGUUUGCAGCUGCAGACCCGGGUACACGAGGGACCGUCACAGUGGCAGAUGCGUUCCGAGUACCACAGGUUCGUCGCAGUGCGGAUUUGGUUACAUCGUCGAUCCCGACACCGGCAGAUGCAUCCCCGCGCCAACGUCACAACCGUCACAACCUGUCGGCAAUUGCAGAUACGGCUGCGGUCCGCACGGUGUGUGCGUCGGAUAUAAUCGUUGCGCCUGCCAGCCAGGAUUCGCCGUCGAUCCCGACACUGGCAGAUGCAUCACCAUCGCGACCUCCACAAUCAACUCGACCUCCUCCUCGCAAUGCAGAUACGGCUGCGGACCGAACGGCCGAUGCGUUGGCCCGAACGUGUGCGUCUGCGAACCGGGCUUCCGAAUCGAUCCCGACACCGGAAAGUGCAUUCGGCACGACGUCGGUGGCACGGACGAGAAUAUCUGCCAGCAUCCGUGCCUGAACGGCCAAUGCACCGGACCAGAUCAGUGCACGUGCAACCACGGGUACACGCAUGAUGUUCGUGACGUUACGCGUUCCAGAUGCGUACCGGUGUGCGUAGGUGGAUGUCCAAACGGCGUGUGCACCAUGCCGAAUUACUGUAUAUGCAAUCCCGGAUACCGGAAGGAAAGCGGUGUCAAAGGUCGGCAAAGAUGUGUCCCGGAAUAAAUAAGUCAACGACACGCGAAACAUAUUGUUACAACUAUUAAUUUGGCAAGAUGUAUAAUUUCAAGCAUUACGGUCAACUGAAACUGUAUACAUAAAUUGAUAAUAUAAAUU